AGAGCCUCAACGAAAUCAAACAUUUUUUGAACGAAGUGAGCCUUAAGUCUCACGUCUACCGCCGACUCUAUGAGUUGCAGCUGCUGGAGAAGCAUUUGUUAAUUCUACUGUUGACAAGCAACGAUCUUAAAGACGAUCGACAGAGACGUAUAUUAUUGUAUAUCGGUACAUUUUCAGCUUUUGAGCAACAGGCUCUGGAAAUUUUUUUCCGCCUGACUCGUCCCGUCGACCAAUCCAAGUAUGAUGAUGUCACCGAAGAUGGCUCUCAGAACAUUGCGGAUGUUGAAGUGAAAAUUCUGUUGGAUUAUAGGAAGCUGUUCUUGAAGAAUCACAAGAUACUUGGACAUCGUGAACUCUUUGCUCGUUUCCAAGAAUACAAUAUCAUGGAUUUGAUAUUUGAGAUGGCCAACAAAGAACAAAGCUUGAUGAAGUGGAGGGUGGUGAUUCAUGAGAUUUUUUUUUACAUGUUUCAUGGUCUUGAACCGGAAGACAUUAUGUAUGAUCGUAAGGCUGAAUCCAAUAGCAUUGCGGAAAAAUUGUUAGCGAAAGAACAAAGUAAAAAACGAGACCGUCGUUUGGCGGAUCAAAGAAGCCAACUGAAAACUUGGACUGAAGUAGAGGACGGAAUUAAAAAGGCAGUAUCUAUUUAUGACGCGGUCAACGGGAAUAUUCCAAGAGAAGAAUCGAUUCACAAUGACCCAGCAGAAGAAAUGCCUACCCCGAAGUCUUGCUGGUUUUACUCGAGCAAAAAUUUGGUCGAGAUGAGCGAUUGUGAACGAGACUUGUUGAGAACCACCGCCUCCAAAUUUUUAAUCGAAUCAUUCAAUAGCCUGAAUCGAUCUGUUAGAGAUGAGAUUUCUGCGAAUCAGAAUGCUUAUUCGAAAAUAUACACCUUCCGUUUGCUCUACCUUGUGCGGUUUUUUCUCAAGCUCCAAGAGCUUUUUCUCAUUAAGGAAAAGGAAGAAUCCGGAUUGAGGAACACCAAUAAUAUAUCAGCGGGCGUUCGGAAAUCUGCACGUAAUUCUCCGAAAUAUCCUGAAACCACGUUAAAAGUGGUUUAUGACGCGUUGAGUUAUGAUGGGUUCGUUUAUAUCUUCGAUGAGAUUAAAGAAUUGAAUCAAUUGAACAAUCUGGAAGACCUUGAGCUCGCGCUAGAAUGUUUGCAACAAAUGGUGCACGCGAGAAAUGUCGAAAUCAUGAGUUCCUCGAGCAACAUAGGUGAUGGUGUCAAGGCGGCGGUUCAUCACGUAGAAAACAAACUCUUACUGAACCUUGAACGCGUGGAAUUUAUCGUUAACCUUGUCGAAGAUUCCAGGGAUAGACCGCAUAGAAAACCUGGGGACUCAUACAAAGAAAGAAAUAUUAGAGUGAAAUACCCUCGGGACGUGGAACACGGAAAGAAAUAUUUGAAACUUGAGUUCUCGGAAAAUGACAAUUCACUUCGUCGGAACAUGUUUCGUCAGUUUGAAAAGAAAUUUGUCAAUGAGAAAGUCAUCGAUACCUACAUGGCUUACAUUAAUGCGUACGAUGUGCACGAAAAGUACAAAUGCGACUUUUACGCCGUGAACGUGAUGUUCGAACGUAUUUGUGUAAAUCAGAAUUCGAUGGACCUUUUUAUAAAGGUCAAAUACUUGAAUGUAAUGUCAAGGAUUUUAAGAGCCUGGGAUCGGAUUGUAAAUAACUUAAAAGCUGGGAAUCACGAGGACCCUAAUUUAUCCCCGUCCCAAAAAGAUUUUUUGGAUCUCGUUAAAGAUGUUUGUAACGAAAUAUAUAAGGAGAUGAAGGUCGAUACUUUAUUUGCGCCAAAUUAUGAGAUGUUCUCGUUGUUUGAAGAAAUUGACAAAGUCAUUUUGAGUUAUACGUCAUUUUUAGAAAGACAAAAGUUGCAACAGGACAAAGAGGAACGCUUUAAGCAUAAGGUUUCAAAGCCUCAAUUUACGGACAAGGAACGCGAAUUUCACAAGAAAACCUCCGUUAAACAACUUAUUAGGCAAGGUCAACUAGAGCACAUCAAAUGGCUUCAAGAGACUAUGAUAAAAUUAGGGUGCCAGCGAAUUACUGAAGAGCAAAUCGCCGCGAGGAAGAAAGUUUUAUCUCACUCGAAAGGCGCAGAAGAAUCACAAGUGCCUUAUGAUGAUUACCACAUAGAAGGUCCAUAUUGGAUUGUACCCAACACCCUUUCGGGGAAAUAUCUAAUUUCGCAAGCCGAAUUGCUUGGGGAAUACAUUAAGGAAUGCCAAGACGAAUUAAUGGAAAGAAAAUCGAAUGAGAGCACAAAAGAUUUAAGCAUCAAAUGGAAUGACUCGGAUGAUACCAUUGAAUCCGAUGAGGUCACGUCGGACGACGAUAUGGAGGUGGCGGAGAAAGGUAAUGACUCCGCAGAUAAUGAGGAUAUGGAAUCCGACUGUACACUCAAGUCUGAUGUUAUGAUGGAAAAUAUAGGUGACGCACCCGACGUCACUAUCGACACCGACGUGAUAAUGUCAGAUAAUGAUUUCAUUCUUCGAAGCUCACAAAAACGAAAAUGGCAGAAUGACGAUGACCUGGAUGCGUGUGUCUUGUCUGUUUACAGUUAA